UUUUUUUUUUUGUUUUAAUUUCAUAAUCAAGUAGAAUGAUGAAGCCUGCACGUGUACAAGUAACUAAAGCCCAACUUGAAGAAUAUCUUAGAGAGAAAAGACCUGAAGGAGGAACUUAUAACAUUUGGCAUCAUCGUUACUCUGGUCUUGAAAGAGAUUUUCAUAGACAUAGCGUAAGACCUAAAUUCAAAGUAGACAUUGCUAGAGAUUCUGGAGAAACUUUGGGUAGUCGCAAUAAAAAUGCAUAUUUUUGUAUAUACUUUGCAAAGGGAAUGUGCGCUUUAGGCCCUAAAUGUCCCAUGUGGCAUCGUAUUCCUAAUGAAAGUGACCUUCAAGAAACAACUGUUGAUUGUUUUGGACGUGAUAAGUUUACUGAAUUUCGUCAAGACAUGGGUGGUGUUGGUGGAUUUAUGCGCGAAAAUAGAACACUAUAUGUAGGUCGAAUUGCUAUCAACGAGGACACAGAAGGUGCAGUUGUACGGCAAUUUGGUCAGUUUGGACCCUUAGAGAAAGUAAGAAUUUUAAGAGGACGUGGUGUUGCAUUUGUUACAUACAGAUCAAGAUCGAAUGCCGAGUUUGCGAGAGAAGCAAUGAUGAAUCAAAGUCUAGAAAAUAAUGAAAUUAUGAAUGUUCGUUGGGCAACAGCAGAUCCUAAAGCAGUUGAAGAAGAUGAAAUUGUGUAUGUUCCUAAUGAAGUUAAAUUAGAAAAAGAAAGAAUGGAAAGAUUGAGAACAGAAAUCAGUGAAUCUUAUGAAAGGUUUGAUGCCGAAAAUAAAACAGCAGCAGAAAAUGUAUAUUUAAAACGGGAUUUAAUUGAAGAUGGAUCCAAUGAAUUAGAGCCUCAAACAAAAAAACAAAAGGGAGAAGAUGAUAGCACAACAGAACAAAACCCAUAUGAAUAUACAGAAGAAGACUGUAUUCGUUAUUAUGAAGAACAAGCCUAUUAUGAACAACUACAACAACAACAACAACAACAACAAAAAGAUGAAGAAAAUAAUAAAGCAGGAGGUAUUAUUCCUCAAAACGUAUUAGCUAAUUUAAAAACAAUUUCAAAAAAUACGGUAACAAUGAAAAAGCCUAUAAAUACAGGCUUAGAAAAUUUAACAAGUUACGGCAGUAGUGACAGUGAAGAAGAAGAUUAAAAUUCUAAUUAAUAAACUUAUUUACUCAGCCUUAUAAUUGAUGCUUUCACAUCAGGCCACUCACAAUCUUCAGCUUUGCAAAUACAAAUUAUUUGCUUUGAACAAGGAUGGAGAAUCAUCUUUGUAAAUAAGUUUAUAAAGAAGAAAGGAAAAAAAAAAAAAUUUUUUUUGUCUUCCUACUACUAGUAUUUAUGUAUGCAAUUUAAGAACAGCAG